AUGGUCAAGGUUUUGUCUCGUUACACCAACUUCGCAGUAGAUUUGAAGUUCCAUAUUCUACCAGAAUUCAAACCGAUUAUUCCGUCGAGUCGUUUAUCGGUUUCACAAUGGAAAAUACCAACUUCCGUGGUCCUUGCCGAUCCACGCUUCUUCGAACCCAGUCACAUCGAUGUUAUAAUAGGAGCUGAAAUCUACCAUCGUUUACUACUUGAUGGCUUUAUCGAGCUUGAUUCAAAUUUGCCCAUUUUAAAGGAAACCGCCUUCGGCUGGAUUGUAUCCGGCAAAUGUAGCAACACUAUCAGCUGCCAUUCCGCUGUCACCAUGGUAUGCAGCAAUGCGGAUUUAGAAAAGCAGAUGAUGCGUUUCUGGGAGAUUGAAUCAUGUCACUCCAACAACAUUCUUUCUGUGGACGAACAGCAGUGUGAACAAUAUUUUGCAGAGACGACCACGCGUGAUGCCAAUGGUAGAUUUGUUGUAUCCCUACCGACGAAGAAAACUGUUUUAUCGAAGCUUGGAAGUUCUCGAGAAAUUUCACUACGGCGAUUUCUCUCACUCGAACGUCGUUUGCACGCAAAUCCCGAGUUAAUGAAAUCGUAUACGGAUUUUAUUCGAGAAUAUAUCGAAUUGGGACACAUGACCUUAAUCGAUCCUAACGCUGAUUUAUUGUCUUCUACUAUUCAACCUUAUCAUAUGCCACACCACUGUGUUGUACGACCUGAAAGUUCAACUACGAAACUGCGCGUUGUGUUUGACGCUUCCUGUCCGACGGAUACUGGUGUAUCGCUCAACGAUGCCCUCAUGGUCGGUCCAGUCGUACAAGACGACCUCUACAAUAUCAUCCUUCGAUUUCGACUCUCACGGUACGCUAUAGUCGCCGAUUUGGAAAAAAAUGUAUCGGCAGAUACUCAUUCAUCCAACAGACCGUCAUCUCCUACGGAUUUUAUGGCGAAACAAGCCUAA